AUGUCGUUGAAUUUCGCCUCUAUUAACCCGGAUUUUUGCGGUUUUUGUGGUGCCAUUCUACAAACUCCGCAGUUUGCUCCAUCCAACGUCACUUGUAAGGUUUGCGGCUGUGAGUGGCUUGUGCGCGAGAAACGUAAUGAAGUGGUGUGCCGGAUUGAGAAGAUAUACGAACGAACGGUAGCGGACACCGAAGGAGUGGCACAUGAGCAUGGAGGAGAUGCUGUAGUGGAACACGUUUGUAGCAACUUUUGUUUGCUUAUAAACUAUCUUUCUAUAUCUUUUUUAAACGAAAUGUCGAUUUCGAUUCCAUGUUUGUUCUUUGUUUUAUUCGCACGGUGUAAAAUUAACAGCCAGGUGACAAAAAUGUCUCGUGGAAGUAGCGCUGGUUUUGAUCGCCACAUCACCAUCUUCUCACCAGAAGGACGAGUGUAUCAGGUUGAGUAUGCGUUUAAAGCAAUUAACUCUACCAAUCUUACUGCAGUAGCUGUUAAGGGUGUCGAUACUGCUGUAAUAGCCGUCCAAAAGCGAGUUCCUGAUAGCCUCAUUGUUGCUGAUUCGGUAACAUCGAUCUACCAGUUGUCACCUACUGUGGGAUGCUGCGCUAUUGGAAUGAUACCAGACUGCAAGUUCCAAGUCCGACGUGCUCAGAUGGAAGCUGCUCAGUGGAAAUAUCAAAAUGGUUAUGAUAUGCCAUGUGAACUUCUUGCAAAACGUAUGGCCGAUAAGAACCAGUAUUAUACACAAAACGCUGAAAUGAGGAGCCUUGGAUGUGCAAUGAUAAUGAUAUCGUUCGAUGACGAAGAUGGAGCAGUAGUUUUCAAAGUUGAUCCAGCUGGGUACUAUCGCGGAAUGAAAGCAGUGUCUGUUGGUGUGAAACAGGUUACUGCAUCAUCGUUCCUGGAGAAGAAAAUUAAGAAGAAGUCAGAUUUGAAUCAUGAUGAGGCAAUUCAACUUGCCAUUGAGGCCCUUCAGAGCAGUCUGGGUAUUGAGACACGUUCAAAAGAUCUUGAGGUCGUAGUAGUUUCGAAGAAGGACACAAGCUUUAGGUCAGUUUUUUUGCUCUUGUUCUGUUGUGUUACUUCUCUUCGACUUUUUUCAAGAAUGAUUUAG